UUUGCCAAACACGACCGAGUGAUCCUCAGCUGAUAAAAACUGGGGAGGAGAGUUGGGGUGCGCGAUAGAACUAGAAUCACCGAUAGGUUUGCCACUAUUAGCCGUGGGAAGCGAUUGAAGUUCGGAACUUCUGUCUUCAGCAAAGGAUCGGCAACAGGCCCAGAUGAAUUGGUAAUUCAGGUGGUAUAGCAUUGUUUCUUUUGUUGUCAUAAUGCUUUAUGGGAUGCUCUGAUGUACUAAGCUUGUCUUUUGCGGCGGCUGUUUGGGGUGCUACUUAUAUUUUGGUUGCUGUUCUCGGAGUUUUCCGGGUCUUCAAUUUUCUUCGAAUCUCCAUUUUCAGUUGAUUUGACAAGCAACUUGAGUAACAUAUUGAAGGAAGGAAAAAGGAACACCAUCAUGGGCUAUGCACAGCUAGUUAUUGGCCCUGCGGGCAGUGGAAAGUCUACUUACUGCUCUGGCUUGUACCAACAUUGUGAAACCUUGUGCCGAACAAUUCAUAUUGUAAACUUAGAUCCUGCUGCAGAGAAUUUUGACUAUCCAGUAGCCAUGGGUGGAUAUUAGAGAACUCAUUUCUUUGGAUGAUGUUAUGGAGGAACUUGGACUUGGUCCAAAUGGUGGCCUUAUUUACUGCAUGGAGCAUCUUGAAGAAAAUUUGGAUGAUUGGCUGACAGAGGAGUUGGAUAAUUACUUGGAUGAUGAUUAUAUAGUAUUUGACUGUCCAGGCCAGAUAGAGCUCUUCUCUCAUGUUCCCGUGCUUAAGAACUUUGUGGAGCAUUUAAAGCGCAAAAAUUUCAAUGUUUGUGUUGUUUACUUACUUGAUUCUCAGGUGCAUAAAUGUUAUCACUGCGUCUAUUGUCAUGCCUUGUCAACAGUACCCUUAUGUCGACAGAAGUUUUAUGUUAUGUCUGUGUAUCAGUUUAUGACAGAUGUGACCAAAUUUAUAAGCGGUUGUAUGGCUUCACUUUCUGCUAUGUUUCAACUCGAGCUGCCUCAUGUUAAUAUUCUCUCCAAAAUGGACCUUGUGACAAACAGGAGGGAUGUUGAGAAAUACUUGAAUCCAGAACCUCAAACAUUACUUGCUGAGUUGAAUCAGCACAUGGCUCCACAAUUUGAAAAGCUCAAUAAAUCUUUGAUUGAAUUGGUGGAUCAGUUUAGUAUGGUGAGCUUCUUGCCUCUCGACCUGAGAAAAAACAGCAGUAUACAGUACAUCUUGUCACAAAUUGACAACUGUAUUCAGUAUGGAGAAGAUGCAGACAUUAAGGUUAAGGAUUUUGACCCAGAGGAUGACUGAAGCAUUACUUGAACAAGGUUGGUAGCUAUGGCAUUGAUCUCGAAGCAGUUUCAUCUCUCACGAUCUUGUGUAUUUGAAGGAAAUAUCAAAUAUACAUCAUGUAUCUAAGAUUCCAUGCUUAUUCACUUCACUGUUUACCAAUAUUGAAUUGAAUUAUGCCUGAAGUUGGGGAUUAAUGAUC